AUGGGCUGCAGCGGCGUUACGAUGUGUUACGUGUGGAAGUGCCCAGCCCCAUUUGAGCGCAGACUGCCCUUGGCGUCUUCUGGUACCAGUAUCACGGUGGAUAUCGCUGUCAUGGGAGAAGCACAUGGGCUCAUUACAGACCUUCUGGCAGAUCCUUCACUGCCCCCAAAUGUGUGUACUUCGCUGAGAACAGUGAGCAACCUGCUUAAUACGCAGUUAACCUUCCAGGCCAUCCACAAGCCAAGGGUGAACCCUUUGGUGUCCUUCAGUGAGAACUACACCUGCUCUGACUCAGAGGAAUGUCCGGAGAAAGGAGAGAAACUAGCUAUUCCCAAACGCUUACGGAGAAGUUUGCCUCCAGGACUGCUGAGACGAGUGUCCUCAACUUGGACCACAACAACAUCAGCUACAGGACUACCUACACUGGAGCCAGCUCCAGUCAGAAGGGAUCGCAGUGCCAGCAUCAAACCUCAUGAAUCAUCUACAUCCAGCACUGACUCCUGGAACAGCUCAAUUCUGAUGACAAUCACGAAGAGCAGGUCCUUCUCCACGUCCUACGCCAUGCCUUCUACCAACCACCUGAACACCAAAAGGCAGAGCCGGCAAGGUAUCCCGCCAAAUAUUUCACCUCUCACCUCCCCAUGCCAUUCACCAAUUCAGGGGACGCCUGCCACAAGUCCUACUGGAAAAACAUCUUCCGUGUUAUUUCCAGACUCCACAGAUAGUGUCACCAAGCAAGGCUUAAAGCCACACAAAGUCUUAACUUCCACUCAGAGUGCACCUAGCCUGUCAGACCCUAUUAUCAGCCCCUCUGUCAUCUGCAGCAGCUGUGGCAGACCCUAUAACCAAAUAGAAGCUGGUGACGGGACACUAGAUAGAAAUGGUGGUACCACACACACCCUGAACAGAACAGAUGAUCCUGCACAAGCCACUUCUGACUAUGAGACCAACAACAGUGACAGCAGUGAUAUCGUACAAAAUGAUGAUGAGACAGAUUGCUCCAAAGAGCAGACACGGAAGGGAUCUGUCUGUAGGACGUACACACCUGAGACCAUCAUUCUGCAUCCCUUGAUACCACCUGAGGACAAGCCUGUACUUGCUCCUGAGCCUCUGGUUAUGGACAACUUGGAUCCCCUGAUGGAGCAACUAAAUAGUUGGAACUUCCCAAUCUUUGAUUUGGUGGAAAAAAUUGGAAAGAAAUGUGGUCGGAUUCUCAGUCAGGUAUCAUACAGGCUUUUUGAAGACAUGGGGCUAUUUGAAACCUUUAAAAUACCAGUGAGGGAAUUCAUGAACUACUUCCAUGCCUUGGAAUGUGGAUACCGAGAGAUACCUUAUCACAACCGAAUCCAUGCAACUGAUGUUCUACAUGCUGUUUGGUACCUUACUACUCAGCCCAUCCCAGGACUCCCAACUGUGAUUAAUGAUCACGGGUCUGCAAGCGAUUCAGAUUCUGACAGUGGAAUCACUCAUGGCCAUAUGGGUUAUGUGUUUUCGAAGACAUACACACCCACAGAUGACAGCUAUGGAUGCCUAGCUGGCAACAUCCCUGCCCUUGAAUUGAUGGCUCUUUAUGUAGCUGCAGCCAUGCAUGAUUAUGAUCAUCCAGGAAGGACCAAUGCCUUUUUGGUAGCGACAAGUGCUCCUCAGGCGGUGCUGUACAACGACCGCUCUGUCCUGGAGAACCACCACGCUGCUGCUGCCUGGAACCUUUUCAUGUCGAGGCCAGAGUAUAACUUCCUGGUCAACCUCGACCACGUGGAGUUCAAACAUUUCCGCUUCCUCGUCAUUGAGGCAAUUUUGGCUACUGACCUGAAGAAACACUUUGAUUUUGUUGCCAAAUUCAACACCAAGGUGAAUGAUGAUGUUGGAAUUGACUGGACUAAUGAGAACGACCGCUUGCUGGUUUGCCAAAUGUGCAUCAAACUGGCCGAUAUAAAUGGGCCUGCAAAAUGCAAAGAUUUGCAUCUGCAGUGGACAGAAGGCAUUGUCAAUGAGUUUUAUGAACAGGGUGAUGAAGAGGCUAGCCUGGGCUUGCCAAUCAGUCCUUUCAUGGAUCGCUCUGCUCCUCAGCUGGCACACCUCCAGGAAUCUUUCAUCACUCACAUUGUGGGACCACUAUGUAACUCCUAUGACUCAGCAGGUCUGAUGCCAGGAAAAUGGAUAGAAGAUAGUGAUGAAUCAGGAGACACUGAUGAGCAGGAAGAGGAAGAAACAGCAGAAAUGGAAACUUGUGAAAAUGCUGAAUCCAGAAAGAAGACAUUUAAGAGGAGGAAAAUCUACUGUCAGAUCACUCAGCACCUGCUUCAGAACCAUAAAAUGUGGAAGAAAGUAAUUGAGGACGAGGAGAGGUUAGCCGGGACAGAGAAGCCAGGCGCAGAGCAAUCCACGCUGCACCAAUCUUCAGAACAAAUCCAGGCCAUCAGGGAAGAGGAGGAGGAGAAAGGGAAGCCCAAGAGGGAUGAAGAGGAGAACACAACUGCAGAACCGAACCAAUGACAAUAUUUACAGCAGUAUUUUAAGACAGAUUGACUCGUGCACAGACUCUUUCUCAAGCCAGCACAGCAUUUAGACACAACACUGUAGAAGUAUGGGAUAAUGCGCCUACAGCUGUUUAAUUUGUUUCUCUUUCCUUUUUAUGGUGAGGUACAUUGUUUAAACUCCUAUGCUCAAGGAAGCUUUCACACUGCGACACCGGCUUUUACAGACUUUCUUUAAAGAGAUUUGGGGGUGGGUGGAAUUAUAUAAAUAUAUAUAUAGCCAGGG